AGAAACACCAGACAUACUGGAGUAUUGGAAUGGCGUGCUGCUGUUCAUGAAGGAAUUAGCACUUUCAGAAAAAUGUGCAAAGUUUCCAGUUGUGAUUAAACCAUUCAAAUACUUUUUUGGUAACUUGGCCGAAAAAAGAUUAAAGAAAACUCCCGAGCUCAUCACCCAAUGGAUGCCAGUAUUCAGCGAAAUGCUGCAAAAGACACCAUCGUCCAAGUGCCUGGACAGUUGGGCUUUCCAAACUGCCAUUACAAUGGCGGAAUUUUGGCCUCCACAGAAAGGAUUAGCUAUACCCUGGCUCACAAUCGUGAAAGGACUGUUGCAGUAUCCGGACCCAGACGCCGGGAGAGCGGCUAAUUACAUUCUUAGCAAGGAUAAAUUCAUAGCGAUUUGGGAUUGGAAAGUAAGAUAAUUUGAGAUUGUACAGAAUAACCAACUCGAAGAUCGCGAUUACGCCC